AAUGCAGAGAGUGUAAGCACAAAACAAAGUGAGGCCACACAAGAACAAGAGUGAUCGAGAGAAACCCACAAAAAUUUUUCUUUUUCAUUGUGUUCUAGCAAAGAUUUCUUCUUCUUCUUCUUAUUCCUCUUUCCCUUUCUCAAUUCCCCGCUUCUUUGAAUCCCAUUCUGUAAAUCUUCUGUCUUUCAAGAAAAUUUGAUAAAGUUGAAAUCUUUGUUCCUCAAAGCAGUGUGUAAAUCUUUUGAAAGUCAGGUGGUUCAGAAUAGAGAUCCGGGUUUUUUUUUUUUGUUUUUAAUUGUGUUAUAAGUUUUUAAUUUCAUCAACUUGAAGAGGGUUUAUUUUUAGUCCCUUCAAAGUUGAUAAUCUAAUUUUGGUUUGUGCCAAAACAAAACUUCCUUUUUUUUUCUUUUUCUCAAUCUGGGUUUUCUUUUGGUUUUUGUUUAUAAAGAACUAGUAUUAUUGCCUGCUCUUGAAUUUUGUUGAGUACAGGAUUUCUAGGUAUGGCAGCAGCUAUAGAUUUUUACAGUAGCAGUACAACACCAUCAGUUUUCUCAUUUAUAGAUCCAGGUAGAGAAGAAUUAUUGAAAGCACUUGAACCUUUUAUGAAAAGUGCUUCUUCACCUACCUCUACUUCUUAUAAUUCUUCUUCUUCUUCAGUUUCUCAUUCUACUUCCUCUGAUUCUCUUUCUCCUUCACCAUUUUAUUUCCCUUCUUAUCCUUCUUAUGACUCUUCAAUUCCAACCAUGUAUCCUGAUUUCUGCUCUCCAUUGAGUACCCAUCUAUUUUCUCAAGGGUUCUCUGGUUAUAACCAAUUGGGUUUUGAGCAAACAGGUUCAAUAGGCCUUAACCACCUUACCCCAUCUCAAAUCCUCCAAAUCCAAGCCCAAAUCCACCUUCAACAACAACAACAAAUAGCAAAUCUUGCCACAAAUUCGAACUUAAUCCAUAAUGACAAAAAACUCAAGCACUUAGCUCCAAAGCCUGUUCCGAUGAAACAAUCUGCCUCUCCUCCAAAACCAACAAAACUAUAUAGAGGAGUAAGGCAGAGACAUUGGGGCAAAUGGGUAGCUGAGAUUAGACUUCCUAAGAACAGAACAAGACUUUGGCUUGGCACUUUUGACACAGCUGAAGAAGCUGCUUUGGCUUAUGACAAGGCAGCUUAUAAGCUAAGAGGUGAAUUUGCUAGGCUUAACUUUCCUCAUCUUCGCCACCAAGGUGCUCAUGUUUCUGGUGAAUUUGGUGACUACAAACCUCUCCAUUCCUCUGUUGAUGCUAAGUUGCAAGCUAUUUGUCAAAGCUUGGCUAACUCUCAGAAACAAGGGAAAUCAGGAGAGUCUAGUUCAGUUGCUGAUUCAAAAGCAAACACGUCAGCUUAUUUGCAGGCAAAGAAGGAACAAGAUUGUUCUAUGAAAAGGGAAAUUGAGGAUUAUAAGGUGGAGGCUAUUCCCACAGGAUCACCAGUAGCACCAGCUUCUUCUUCUGAUGAAUCAUCUGCCGGUUCUUCUUCACCUCAGUCUGAAAUCUCAUUCUUGGAUUUCUCUGACUCCUCUUCACAGUGGGACGAGUCUGAGAACUUCUGCUUGGAGAAGUACCCUUCAGUGGAGAUUGACUGGGCAUCUCUUUAAAGUUUCAAUCAUUAUAUAAUCUUUUUUUUUUUCUUUUUCUUUUUUCUCUUUGGGUGUCUUUAGGUGGCUUCUGCAAUGAAGUUUUUGGCAUUUGCAGAGCUGCAAUUAGGGGGGGUCAGCUGCAGUUCUAGUACUAGUUCUAGAUUAUCAUGUAUGAAAGUAGUUGGUCAUAUGUUGUAUGUCAAUAUUGUAAGAGCUGAUCUCUCUAAUCUUGGUCUUGCUGGUACUUUUUUUCCUUGCUUGACCAUGGGAGGGCUUCUUUGUAAGCUUUGUGUUUGUAAUUUUAGGUCAUUGUAAUUAAGCAUCAUCUUUUGAAUAUAUUAAUGAAGUGCUUUUUAAUA